CUGUCGCUACCUCUAGUCUAAAUCGACCUCGAUACAGCCUCUGAACCUCUUGUUUUUCUGUUUGUCCCACCAUGAACGGGGCGUCGUUCACAGACCGGGCCAACAAGGCCUUGCUGGAUUCCAGCAGCUUGGCUGAACAAUACGCCCACCUUCAAAUCCUUCCCCUUCAUUUGGCAGUCGCCCUUCUCAAUCCUUCUCCAGAUGAGUCGAAAGACCAGGAAGCUCCGGCUCACCCCUCCCACGAAGGUGCCUCUGCCCCCCUCUUCCGCCAGGUGGUUGAGCGCGCCCAUGGCGACCCACAGCUGUUGGACCGCGCACUCAUGAAGAUGCUGGUCCGCCUGCCCAGCCAAGACCCUCCGCCAGAGACCGUUUCCGUCUCUCCCGCUCUCGCCAAAGUUAUCCGCUCCGCCACCGACCUGUCCAAGACCCAGAAGGACAGCUUCGUGGCCAUCGACCACUUGAUCCUCGCAAUUGCGCAGGACUCGCAGGUCCAGCGGGCCUUGGCCGACUCCAACAUCCCCAACGUCAAAUUGAUCGAUAACGCCGUGCAGCAGAUCCGAGGGUCCAAGCGCGUGGACUCCAAGACGGCGGAUUCCGAAAGCGAAAAUGAAAACCUCAAGAAAUUCACCAUUGACAUGACCUCCAUGGCUCGCGAGGGUAAGAUUGACCCCGUCAUUGGCCGUGAAGAAGAGAUUCGCCGUGUCAUUCGCAUUCUGAGUCGACGGACGAAGAACAACCCGGUGCUUAUCGGUGAACCCGGUGUUGGUAAGACCACGGUCGUGGAAGGAUUGGCUCGUCGGAUUGUCAACGCCGAUGUGCCAGCCAACCUUGCCCAGUGCCGGCUGCUUUCACUGGACGUCGGCUCGCUGGUUGCGGGAAGUAAAUACCGUGGUGAAUUCGAGGAAAGAAUGAAGGGUGUCCUCAAGGAGAUUGAAGAGUCCAAAGAAACCAUUGUCCUCUUCGUCGAUGAGAUUCACCUUCUCAUGGGCGCGGGCUCCAGCGGUGAGGGCGGUAUGGACGCCGCCAAUCUCCUCAAGCCCAUGCUGGCCCGGGGUCAGCUGCACUGCAUCGGUGCCACCACGCUGGGCGAAUACCGCAAGUACAUUGAGAAAGACCAGGCCUUCGAACGUCGUUUCCAGCAGGUGCUGGUCAAGGAACCAUCGAUCAACGAGACAAUUUCCAUCCUCCGUGGCUUGAAGGAGAAGUAUGAAGUGCACCACAACGUCAACAUCCUCGACGGUGCCAUUGUCUCUGCCGCUUCGCUCGCAGCACGCUAUCUCACAGCUCGUCGACUCCCCGAUUCGGCUGUUGACCUGAUUGACGAGGCGGCGGCCGCCGUGCGAGUAACUCGGGAGUCCGAGCCAGAGGCCCUGGAUAACCUGGAGAGAAAGCAUCGUCAACUUCAGAUCGAAAUCCAUGCUCUCGAGCGCGAAACCGACGAGGCAUCGAAGACUCGUUUGGAGGCUGCCAAACAAGAAGCGGCCAACGUGACGGAGGAAUUGCGGCCCAUGCGCGAGAAGUACGAAAGCGAGAAGGCGCGCAGCAAGUCGAUCCAGGAUGCUAAGAUCAAACUCGACUCUCUCAAGGUCAAGAGAGAUGAGGCCGAGAGAAUGGGCGAUACCCAGACGGCAGCGGACUUGGAAUACUAUGCCAUCCCGGAGACCAAGACUCUCAUCGAUCGACUUGAAACAGAACGGGCAAAAGCAGAUGCCGAGCAGCGGGCUCGUGGCGGUGACAACGGGGAGGCCCUCCUUGCCGACUCGGUCGGCCCCGACCAGAUCAACGAAAUCGUCGCUCGAUGGACCGGAAUUCCUGUCACCAGGUUGAAGACAACCGAGAAGGACAAGCUGCUGAAAAUGGAGAAGUACUUGGGCAAGCUGGUCGUCGGCCAGAAAGAAGCGGUGACCUCGGUGUCGAAUGCCAUCCGACUCCAGCGAUCCGGUCUCAGCAACCCCAACUCUCCCCCUAGCUUCCUCUUCUGCGGUCCGUCGGGAACCGGUAAGACCCUGCUCACCAAGGCUCUGGCCGAGUUCCUCUUCGACGAUCCCCGGGCCAUGAUCCGAUUCGACAUGUCCGAAUACCAGGAGCGUCACUCCCUCAGCCGAAUGAUCGGUGCACCCCCCGGCUACGUCGGCCACGACGCUGGCGGUCAACUCACGGAGAGCCUCCGCCGCCGUCCGUUCUCCAUCCUCUUGUUCGACGAAGUCGAAAAGGCCGCCAAGGAAGUCCUCACCGUCAUGCUCCAGCUCAUGGAUGACGGCCGUAUCACCGACGGCCAGGGCAGAAUCGUCGACGCUCGCAACUGCAUCGUGGUCAUGACCUCCAACUUGGGCGCCGAGUACCUCGCCCGACCCGCCACCAAGGACGGCCGCAUCGACCCGCAGACCCGCGAGCUCGUCAUGGAUGCCCUGCGCGGCUACUUCCUGCCCGAAUUCCUCAACCGGAUCUCCAGCACCGUCAUCUUCAACCGACUCACGCGGCGCGAGAUCCGCAAGAUCGUUGAUCUCCGCCUCGCCGAGGUCCAGAAACGUCUCGACGAAAACAACCGCAAAGUCACCAUCGAGUGCAGCGAGGACGUUAAAGACUAUCUCGGCGAAUCGGGCUACUCACCCGCCUACGGUGCCCGUCCCUUGGGCCGGAUCAUCGAACGCGAGGUCCUCAACCGCCUGGCCGUGCUCAUCCUGCGCGGCGGCAUCCGUGACGGCGAAGUCGCUCGCGUCGUCAUGCGCAACGGCCAUAUCGACGUCCUUCCGAACCACGAAUCCUCGGAUGAUGAAGACGAGGACAUGGUGGACUCAGACGACGCUUUGGCCGAAAUGGAGGACGAAAACGGAGAUAUGGAUCUGUAUGAGUAGGUCAUACUUUGUCAAAAUAGAAAAUUGUGACAACAGCAACAAAAAGAAAGCAGGUGGAAUUUUGUCGAUUUGGUGAUGAAGAACAUGAUUAUGAUUUGAUACCGUUGUUGCUUAUUUUGAGCUGGCUGGCUGGCGUUUUUUUUUUUUUUUUUUUUUUUUUU